UCAGGGUGACGGUUGAUUUCCUGAAGGUGCCCCUUGGCCUGAAGAAGAGCCGGGUGCUGAAGGAGGCGGCUGUGGGGCCCCCCAGAAGGCCCCAGCCUGUGGCCCUGGAGCGCUACAGGCACGGCGUUCGGACGCCAUGGACACCGAGUCCCAGUACUCAGGCUAUUCCUACAAGUCGGGCCACUCCCGCAGCUCCCGCAAGCACAGGAACCGCCGGGACCGGCACCGCUCAAGAGCCGCGAGGGGAGCCGCGGCGACAAGUCCGUGACGAUUCCAGGCUCCAGGGGAGCCCCUGCUGGACAACGAGUCCACGCGAGGGGAAUGAGCGGGAUGACAACUGGGGGGAGACGACCACUGUAGUAACGGGCACCUCAGAGCAUAGCAUCUCCCACGAUGACCUCACGCGCAUCGCCAAGGACAUGGAGGACAGUGUCCCGCUGGACUGCUCCCGUCACCUAGGUGUGGCGGCAGGGGCCACGCUGGCGCUGCUGUCCUUCCUCACGCCGCUGGCUUUCCUGCUGCUGCCCCCCCCGCUGCUGUGGCGGGAGGAGCUGGAGCCCUGCGGGACGGCCUGCGAGGGCCUCUUCAUCUCCGUGGCCUUCAAGCUGCUCAUCCUGCUGCUGGGCAGCUGGGCCCUGUUCUUCCGGCGGCCCAAGGCCUCGCUGCCGCGCGUCUUCGUGCUGCGCGCACUGCUCAUGGUGCUGGUCUUCCUGCUCGUGGUGUCAUACUGGCUCUUCUACGGUGUGCGCAUCCUGGACGCCCGCGAGCGCAGCUACCAGGGCGUCGUCCAGUUUUGCCGUUCGCUUUGUGGACGCCCUGCCUCUUCGUGCACUACCUGGCCGUGGUCCUGCUGGAGCUGCGCCAGCUGCAGCCCCAGUUCACGCUCAAGGUCGUGCGCUCCACCGACGGUGCCAGCCGCUUCUACAAAACGUGGGCCACCUCAGCAUCCAGCGAGUGGCUGUGUGGAUCCUGGAGAAGUAUUACCACGACUUCCCUGUCCUACAACCCCGCCCUCCUCAACCUGCCCAAGUCCGUCCUGGCCAAGAAGUGUCCGGCUUCAAGGUGUACUCCCUCGGAGGAGGACUUCCCCGGGAUGGGGAGCCAGCGCUCUGAGAGGUGACCGUGCCCACCUGUCCUGCUCCUGCGCAGAAAACAGCACCAACAACUCCACGGGCCAGUCCCGGGCCGUGAUCGCGGCAGCUGCUCGGAGGCGGGACAACAGCCACAACGAGUACUACUACGAGGAGGCAGAGCACGAGCGGAGGGUGCGCAAGCGGCGGGCCAGGCUCGUGGUGGCGGUGGAGGAGGCCUUCACUCACAUUAAGCGGCUGCAGGAGGAGGAGCAGAAGAACCCCAGGGAGGUGAUGGACCCCCGGGAGGCAGCGCAGGCCAUCUUUGCUUCCAUGGCCCGGGCCAUGCAGAAGUACCUUCGCACCACCAAGCAACAGCCCUACCACACCAUGGAGAGCAUCCUCCAGCACCUGGAGUUCUGCAUCACCCACGACAUGACGCCCAAGGCCUUCCUGGAGCGGUACCUGGCGGCCGGACCCACCAUCCAGUACCACAAGGAGCGCUGGCUGGCCAAACAGUGGACGCUGGUGAGCGAGGAGCCGGUGACCAAUGGGCUCAAGGACGGCAUCGUUUUCCUCUUGAAACGCCAGGACUUUAGCCUGGUGGUGAGCACCAAGAAGGUCCCCUUCUUCAAACUCUCCGAGGAGUUUGUGGAUCCCAAGUCGCACAAGUUUGUCAUGAGGCUGCAGUCUGAGACCUCGGUGUGACUGAGCCGCAGGGCCGGGGGCGCGGGCCCCUGCGGGCGGGGGGUGGGCUCGGCCCCCGUCUCCUGCCGCCUUUCGGCCCCUGCCCCCGUUUCCUUUUACUUGAAUUGACUCCCUACCCAUCUGCCCCCUUCCUUCUUGGUUGCCCCACGGGAGCCUCAAGAGGCCCCUUUGUUGUCAGCAGAGCCUGGGAAGCUCGCUCUCAGUCCCCAGCCCUCACUUGGUGUCAUCAUGCAGGAAUCCGUGCCUCUCCCUCUCUCCCUCCCGGAUGGUGGUCUCUCCUGAGAGGGGACAGGGCCCUCCUGAGCCCCCAGCACCCCCCAAACCAGGUUCUGGUAGCAGUUUCCGCCUGUGCCCCGAUGAGAUGUCCCGGGGCCCAGACAUGACUCCAGAGAGCCACAGUGCCAAACUCCUCCAGAUGGGGGGUCGUCCAUCCUCCUGCCCACUCAGCUGGCCCGGUACCAUCGCUGAGUCCUCGGGGCAGGGUAUCCAUGCGUCCCUCUGACUCGGCCUGGGUCGGGGGUCUCCCUGCCGUGGUCAUUGGCUUUGUCUGUCGGAGCCUCCCCUGCACAGCCACACACAUUCAGAGCAAGGGGAGAUUCUGCCCUUCACCCCUAAAGUCUCUGCCUUCUGUCUCUGAGUCAUAUGGUCUCCUGGGACCAUAGCCAGACUAGGCAGAAACCCUCUGUGACCACCUUUCCUGGGCCAUGGGGGAUGGUGCCUUCCCUCACUGGGUUCGUGCUGGGCAGCCACUGAGGGAAGGAUGGGAGAGACCCUGGGGAACAUCGCGGAUCCCCACCCUGAACCUGCCUGUACCCUCGUUCCUGCCUCGUUGGGCCAGGUUUCCCCUUCCUGGGGCAGGAUGGCGAGUAGACGCCAGCCCUGAUUUAGUGGCUUGCCGCCCAUGACCCGAUGACCCCUGCGGUCUUAGACCAAUGCUUUUCUUUCCUCCCUGACCCCCCCACACCCCCAUGUGUCUUCUCUCCCGCGCCAGGGACCUGUUGCCUCAUCUCGUUUGGGGGGGGAGCCGGUAGUUCCUCCUCAUCCCCUGCCUUAAGCCCACUUCUUUGCCUCAGGGGUUCUCUUUUCCUUGGCUGGCCAGGGUCCCCUCCUGUCUCCCUGCCUGGUUCUCUGGGCGCUUGUCUCCCUCAGUGCUGGGGGAGGGGCCAGGAUCGCUGCCUUCGUGGGUAUCCGUCCCUUGCCCCGUUGAGCUUCUGUAGUCUCUACACCCGAUCUGAAUUCUCUAGAGUUUAGGUCUCUUUUUGAGCAAAAUUCACCGGUCUUCUAAGACAUAUUUUCAAUGUAAAUCUGAGCCUUUCACUCAGACGUGUAGUUUUAGCCAAGGGAACUGGAACCUCCAGCCGGGAUCCCCGUGGCAGACCAUUGGCGGCAGGGCUGGAGGGUGCCCCCCUGGGCCAGGCCUCUGAGUAACUCGCCGGGCCCCUUCCCGGUCCCAUCUUCCGGCAGACUCACUGGUUCUGGGCACGUGGAGCGCCCCCUGGGCUCAGAUCCCCACUGGUCUCUGGCCGGGGAAGCUUCCUGCCUGUGGAAGGGCAGCCCUCCUGUUGGCCUUUCCCCCAUCCUCUCUGAGAAAGCACAUCUGUCCACCCACCACCUCCCAGACAAGGGCUCUUCGGCUCAUGCUGACCGCCGUCCGCCCGGCAGUGGGUUGGGGCCUGACUUAGGCAGCGCCUGAGGGAAGACGUCCUGUCCUGGGGGUUGCGGGAAGGUAUCUUUUGUUCUCUUCAAGGACCGGUUUCGAGGAGUCCCUCCUGGGUCACAUUUCGAAAUACCUCACUAUCCUGGAAAAUGGGACCUGGAUGGUGGGCAGGAGCGGGGUGUGGUGUGACGGACGGACCCGGCUGGGGCGGGCAGACAGAAGGUAUCUGGGAUCCUCAUUGUGGCCCUACGUUAGGGGUGGGGGAGUGUUUCUUUUCAGAACCUGCCAUGUUUUUAAUCACUGUGAUUUUUUCAUUCCUUUUUCCGAAAACAAAAGCAAACUUUCCCCCAACUCUCUAAGCACUAAGGGCUGUGACUGAGAACGGUAGUGUUUUGGUCCUUUGCGUUGGAACUGUGGUAUCUUUGUCUUCUUUGAUGAUUAUUAUAAUAAUAAUUAUUUUUUUUUAAAAUGUCAGGAUGAGUUGUCAAGUGUUCGGCUGUGUGUGUCCUUUGCUUCUCCGCACGGGGAGCUGUCUUCAUGCUGUGAACUGCCGUGGGCCCAGGCCCUCUGGGCACUGUCCCCCUGCUCCUCCGCUCCUGCCACGCUGGGGUUUCUUCCUCUUCUCCUGUGGGGGCCACACCUACCUGUGGCCCCUCACCGCUCCCCCAGGACCCUGGGCGGGCGUGUGGCCGGGUCUCCAGCAUUCUCCAGCUCCCCGCCACCAGCGCCCCGGGGACGCUGCAUGUCAGGCCUUCACCUACCUUGCCACGCCGCCUGUCCUCAUGGGUCCCAUUUCUCUUACACGACCCUUCGCGCUCCGUUGACUCGUUUUUUUCUUUUUGAUCCUUCCUUGUUUCCGCCCAUCUCUGUCCCAUCUGAGCCUUUUAUCUCGCGCUCCACAUCCCAACCCUGCCACGGUACCUGUGAAGAGGCAGUGGGACCCCUCAGAACCUUCUCAUCUGAAAUACCCCUUCCCAGAGUCUGCGCUUCUCUGUGGGGCCCGAGGAGCUCCCUCACCCCUCUGCGCUGUACGUCCGUCCGUCCUUCUGUCUGUCUUGUCUUCUCUUUCCCCUGCCCUUCCCCCAGGGCAGCAUCUGCUGACGGAUUCGGUCCUGGUGUGUGACUGUUGUGAUCUGUUGUUCUGUGCGCGAAAGGAAGGGGGCUUGUUGUUGGGUCCCUUCCAAGUGAGAUUGUAAAUGUAGAAUUGGCCACUGUUGAAUCUAGGUUUUUUUUUUUUUUUUCAUUUGUUUGUUUCUUUCUUUCUUCUUCUUCUUCUUUCUUCUUCUUUUUCGUUUUUCUUUUUUUGGGUACAGCGACCUUGUGCAUGCAUGUAGAAAAUUGUAAAAUGUAAAUUUUUUUAAUAUAUAAAAAGCUUGUUUUACAGUUUGCAGUGGAUUGAAACAUAAUGGCAAUUUAGGGUUUUUUUUCUU